AUGUCUGAAAACACAGACGAGCUAUGGGGGGGCACAGGCGUAUGGCCAGGCAGGCCGCUGCCGCAUGCGAGGCCGACAGCCACGCACGAUUCGGUGGCGGCGCUUGGCGCCGCAGCCUCGAGUGCCGAGCGCCGCGGCGCUUCUAUCACGCCUAUGCACCGACACCACCAUACACCCACGGCGAGUUUGUCGUCCCUUGCUCCGGUGCAGAGAACAACCCCACCUUUGUUCUCCAAGUACGAUCCCACCGGCCUCGACGCGGGCGUGCGUGGGCGUGGGCGUGCAGGCACGAUGCCCUCGCGCUGGGGCUCGACGGGCACGAAUACACACGAAAAUGCAGGCACUGGCAGCCCCAUGUUUGACUCCAUGCACGAAUUUGCUCCUUUCUCGCCCACGGACGACCAAGUGCCGGGCGUGCUCAAAACGCUCGACUAUCUUGGCUUGAGCGACGGGCCUGCUGAAGCGACACAGCGCACGCAGCGCGAUCGGGCACAUACCGAUGCGGCACGGAUUCCGCCGCAUGGCCUCCGCUCUUCUCCAGCGCCCGGCGGUCCCGUGGCGUCGCCGCUUGCGACGCCGGCGAACGGAGGCGUGCAGCAUCACGGCACGCGUGCCUCCGCCGCUUUGCAGCACAGACUCUCGCACCUGCCGAGCGCUUACGACGUGGUUGACGCGGGGAGUGCCGACAAGCCUCGUGCGACGAGCACGGACCGGCACGAUCCGCCCGUAGAUGAACCGCCGUUGGCGCGCGCGCCGGGCUCUGGCCGCCAUCGUGCGGACACGGUUGCCGCUUUGAGCGGUCCCGAUGGGCGCAUGCGCACCGAGCUCGAGCUGCAGCGCACGGCGCACGGCGCACACGAAAACGUUUUGCGCGCGCGCAGUGCGUCGCUGCAGAGCGACCCAGCGACGCGUCUGCGGGCAGCCCAGCGCGGCGGCGAUAUGGACUGCAGCGUGCUUGUGACGGGCCUGAGUCCCCACGCAUCUACGCGCGUCUUGUGGCGCAUAUUCGAGCCGUACGGAAUUAUUGGGGAUAUCCGCCUUUUUCCUUCGCGCGGCGCCGCCGUCGUGCAGUUUCAGGAAAAAGCACAUGCCCAGCACGUUGCUGAUGCUGGCAAUGCGUAUCUCGGCAAGUACAUAAUCGACUUGAUUCCCGAUCAAAACGUCGCGCCGGUAUUUACCUGGACAGGGGCCGAUUGGGAGCCUGGCGAAAGCGAGCAGCACCCAGGCGCAUACAGCCACACGGACACGUUUGACGCGCAGACUGCUCCGCGCGCGCCGAUGCAUGCUUCGCGCCAUGGCGGCAGCGGCAGCCUCGUGCCGAACAGCAGCAAAGGGGGCAUUCCGCUCCCCAAGGCGCACACCGCCACGCUGGACCGCGCGCAAGAAGAAGCGCUCUGCGCGCAGCUCCACUUUAGCCACGGCCCCGAUCCGAAGCUCACGGGUUUCAUGCCUGCUGAAGCGCAUACCUACCACACCAACAUUCCCCGUGUUGUAGAGCAAGGCCGAUCGAACCGCCGCGUGGACAAUGCGCGCUUCCGCGAUCUGCGGCGCACCAUCGAGAACACUCAAACGAGCGAAGCGCAGAUGGACACGAUUGCGCUCGAGUGCCUGGACGUGAUUGUGGAGCUUGCGAGCAACUACAUCGGCAAUACCAUUGUCCAGCGCUUCUUUGACCAGUGCUCGGAGACUGUCAAGACACGCCUCCUUGAGCGCCUCGCGCCGCACCUUGCCACCAUCGGCAUACACAAAAACGGGACGUGGGCGGCGCAGAAGAUUAUCGACCGUGCAAACACUACGGAGCAGCAGGCACUGAUUACGCGCUACCUACAGCCCUAUGUCCCAGCACUGCUCUUGGACCAGUAUGGCAAUUAUGUCGUGCAGUGCGUGCUGCCGUUUGGAUUUCCCAGCGCCACCUUUAUCCUUGAUGCCAUGGUCGAGCGCUGCUGGGAGAUUGCACAGGGGCGAUUCGGCGCGCGGAGCAUGCGCACCGUGCUGGAAAACCCAGACGUACCGCGCGAGCAUAUCAAGUGCAUUGCGCUUGCCAUUGUACUGCACUGCGUUCCCCUCGCCACCAAUGCCAAUGGCUCGCUCCUGCUUACUUGGCUCCUCGACGCCUCCGGACUUGACGGCGUCGUUGGCCUCAUUGCGCCGCAGCUGGUGCCGCACAUCACCCAGGUUUGUACUCACAAGCUCGCCUCCGCCACGGUGCUCCGUAUCGUGGGCCAGUCUGCGGAUCCACACGCUGCAAGGCUGCUCCUCGGUGCCAUCUUCGACCUGCCUGCAGCCGAGGUGCUGGAAAAGAUUGUGCUGGACUCGGUCCACGGCGCCCAGCUCGUCGCCAAGGCGCUGCAGAGCCCAAUGAUGCGCCCAGACAUGCGCGCGCCCUGCGCCGACGCCGUCGCUGCGAUUCUCGAGCGCCACGAGCUGAGCGCGGCACCCGCGUAUUGCAGGCUUGCUGAGCAGGUUGGCACCGUGCCCGAGUCUAGUGCGGAAGCGCGUCAUGCUGAUACACACACUGCCGUGCGCGCGGCUCCAAACGGCGCCCCUGCUGUGUCUAUACCACAACCCUACGACCAUGCUUACCACCAUGACGUCGGAAUGCCGGCGUCCCGCUACAACGAAAUUAUGUACCAGCCAGCUGGGCUCCACGUUUACCCCACGCCUGCACCGUACGCCGUGCCUCUUGACACGCUGGGCUACGGCCACAAGCCUCCCGCGUGGCAGUAG